GCAGCGGAUGUGGAAUCGUCUAGGCGGCACGUCUUCCUCGCCACGCAGCUCCCGGUGAUUGAGGUGGAGGUUGCGGUUCCGGACUCCGGUAUUGUCGGUAUAUCGCUCGCUCGCUCCCCCGCCCUCCCCGCGCCGGUGUAUGAUCGCCGGUCUGAUCCGCAGCUCGCGUGAGAAAGUCUCGAGCGCUCUGCGUGGGAUCGCGCUCGCCAUGAAGCCGCAGGUCGUGUUCGUGCUGGGCGGUCCGGGCGCGGGCAAAGGGACACAGUGCGCCAGAAUAGUGCAGAAUUACAGCUACACUCACCUGUCUGCUGGAGAUCUGCUGAGAGAGGAGCGCAGCCGCACGGGCUCCGAGUUCGGGAAGCUCAUCGACAGCUACAUCAAAGAGGGCAAGAUCGUUCCUGUGGAGAUCACCAUCAACCUGCUGAGGAAGGCCAUGGAGGAAACGAUGAAGGCGGACGAGAACAAGUUCAGAUUUCUUAUUGACGGAUUUCCUCGAAACCAAGACAACCUGCAGGGCUGGACCACAGUCAUGGACGGCAAAGCCGACGUCAAAUUUGUUCUCUUUUUUGACUGCAGUAAUGAAGUGUGUAUCGACAGGUGUCUGGAGAGAGGGAAGAGCAGUGGCCGCACAGACGAUAACAGAGAGAGUCUGGAGAAAAGGAUCCAGACCUACCUGCAGUCCACUCGGCCAAUCAUAGAGCAGUACGAGCAGCAGGGUAAAGUGCGCUGCAUCGAUGCCUCGCGUGAUGUGGACGAGGUGUUUGCUGACGUGAAGAAAGUCCUCGAUAAGGAAGGCUAGAGCUCCAAAACUUCCAUCUGCUGAAGUGCCAUCAGCCCCAAAUCUUCAAAAUGUUCUUUUUAUUGAUGUCAGCAACACUAUGCUUCAUUUAUUUACAUGAUUAUCUUUUUAUUCAUUUAAAUGUGUUUUUUGUUUUUUGUCAUUGUUGUCGCGAGUGUGUGGGUAUGAAUGUGUGUGUAUGUGUUGGGUGUGUGCAUAUGUAUGUAUGUAUGUAUGUAUGUAUGUGUGUGUGUGUGAGUGAGUGUGUGUGUGGACGGGGGCGGGGCUAGACGUUUGGUCGCCCUGCAGCCAUACCUGCUUAAUACAACGCUGGAGAGGAACAAAAAUUAGAGCAGUAGAGUGAAAGUGUAAAGAGACUGUUUCCAUUGGAAUGGUGUGCGGUAGCUUCUGCGCCGUGUUUAUGUGACCUAAAGUGUGUUUGAGAGUUUGAUUCGUCUGUACGAUGGAACCAUAUUAUCUUUAUCUACGUCUAACUAAGGCCAGAACAGCAAUGAAAGGGGGCCAAGCACUGACUGCAUAGAGCUGCUGCAUCCAGAUCACAGUAACUGUAAGCGGUAUGAAUUAACCAGUGUUUCUCCAGCUGCAGUCAUAUAGUUCAUUUCUACUGUAAGGUUCUGUGUUUUUUUCCAGGUCUAGAACACCUUAUCCAGUUCAAAUAGGACUUCAUUCCUACUAAUAUAAAGAUUAAAGCACAACUGUGAAAUGCAUAUUAUCUGACUGGAGCUGAGGAAACACUGGCCUAGAUCUUAACUUUGCAGCAUUUUAGGCUGGAUUUCUAGACCCAGGUUAAGCUCAAGUCUUGACUAAAUGAUGUUUUUAAUGCAGUGACACUAUUAAAGAAGAACUCUGGUGUAAAAUUGACUUUUGUUGUAGUAAAACAUGAUAAAAAGGACUUCCCUUCAAUGAAUAGCACACCUCCGCUUUCCCACAGCUUUCUGAGAUCUAGUAAUUUUGUGCUUCUUCUUUAAGAUUUACUUUAAGUUUACUCUUAGACUUCUAAGGCUGUACCUUCAUCCCAUUUUACCCAUUUUGCCCUGAUACUUACCUUACCUUUUCUUUUCGAGUGUAAAGAGGGGAAAUCCUCCACCUUAAGCACCCGAUAGAUAUGUCAUCAGGAGCGCUAAAGUUUAGUUAGCUUAGCUGCUGCUGGUUAACUAUUUCACUUUAGGGCUGUAUUAUUGUAUGUCUUCAUAUAAUAAAGGGGGUAGAUGUGCAGAAAUGAAUUAUUAUAAUUAUUAUUGUUCAUUCCGCCUUAAAUACUGCAGCCCCUGUGCCUUUUGUUGUACUAUUUAAGGUAGAAUGGGAAAGUUAGCUUUUUUUAGCUAGCCACUGAGAUAAACUACUAUAUAUAUAUAUAUAUAUAUAUAUAUAUAUAUAUAUAUAUAUAUAUAUAUAUAUGCUUGUUAUGAAGAAUUCAAAAACAAGUCAUUAAACAUUGAAACUACACAUUAGACUAUGGUAAUAUUAAAGUGCUAAUCGUCAAUUUUAAAUAAUGAAAUUUGUGUUUUUUUGAUGGGCAAACAAGCCCUAUCCCUUCCCCUAACCUACCCCUCUAACCUAACAAGAAUCGGGUAAGUGGUAAAAUGGGAUUUAAACAGUUAAAACAGGCUUUUCGUGUAGGAUUUCUUGUUUUAUUGUAUCUGUAGGUACUUGUAUGCAUUUAGCUAAGGUCUGGGUUAGCAGUCAGUGUUAAUACAUCGGUGGGAUCAGUCAUGAAUUGGUUGUCUUUGUCCUGUUGGGUCAGAAAUCAGAAAUACAAUGUACUGUCUCCUCCUGCAGCUGCUGCAAUAUAAAACACUCUUAACAGACCCCACUUCAGAAAAUAAACGUCCAUUUAAACAUAACACACACACAAUAAAAACGCCGGCUGCUACCAAA